UUGAUAAACUUCUGAAUUAAAAAAUACGGUUUAUAAAUAAAAAUUGCAAAUUUUAGUUAAAUGAAGUAAUACCGUUUAUAUCAUAAACCUGAAGAGCAAAAUGAAUGUGUCACGGAAUCUUCUUGCUUCCUUAAAACUAAUUAAAAGUCACUACCCUUGUGGAUAUCGUUUGUUCCUUAUACGAAAUAAUCAAACCUCUCAUGCCACAACUAGCGAAGAGGGCACCACCCAUUUUGGGUUUCAAACAGUGAAGGAGAGUGAAAAGGAACAAAAGGUCCAUAAAGUCUUUGAAGAUGUGGCCAAGUCAUAUGAUAUAAUGAAUGAUGCCAUGUCCAUGGGAAUACAUCGUGUAUGGAAGGAUAUUUUCAUUGAACGCCUGGGACCACAGCACGGUACUCGACAUUUAGACAUGGCAGGUGGCACCGGGGAUAUAUCUUUUAGAUUUUUAAAGUAUCUACAAGGACAACCAAAUCCCAAGGGACUUAAAAGCCAUGUGACAGUAUCCGAUAUAAACCAACACAUGUUAGAUGUGGGUGAAGAAAGGGCCAAAAAACUUGGACUGACCGAGGAAAAACUAUCCAAUAUGACAAUUGAAUGGAAAGUUGCUGAUGCCGAAAAACUACCUUUUGAAGAUAAUUCAUAUAAUUCCUACACCAUUGCCUUCGGUAUUAGGAAUUGUACCCAUGUAGACCAGGUACUUCGUGAGGCUUAUCGUGUUUUGCAACCUGGUGGACGUUUCAUGUGCCUUGAAUUCAGCCAUUUAAAUAGUCAAACAAUGCAAUGGUUGUACGAUCAAUAUUCCUUUAAUGUUAUUCCCCCUAUGGGCCAAAUUUUAGCAGGUCAGUGGCAGCCUUAUCAAUAUUUGGUAGAAAGUAUACGAAAAUUUCCCAAACAAGAGGAUUUUAAGGAGAUGAUUCAAGAGGCUGGCUUUGAUUUGGUGCGCUACGAAAACCUAACUUUUGGAGUUGUUAGCAUACAUUCUGGUUUUAAGUUAUAACAAAUAGAAAGUGUUAUAAAUAUCAUAUUAUAAUAAACAAGGAAAUGGAAAAUUA